ACCAAGUCAAAUUUCAGCGGGCCAUCCUCCGCCAAUGGGGUUGGAUGCGUGGCGAAUGUUCGGCAGUCAAACCCCACACCCAACGUUGAGCAGGUGAACAAAGACCCUACGGAGGGUAAUGCCUCGAAAGGGGGUUCAGGCUGUGGGGUGUUGGAUCUUCCUGGGGAAGGUCAGUGUUUUUCUGAAUCCGCCAUCGGGCACGUAGGUGAAGGCUACGGACCGUUUAUUACGGACGGAUUUGUUUCACUUGUAGGUAGUUCAGAGAAGAGGCCGGUAAAGAUUUUGCGGGAUACUGGUGCUACUGAAACUUUUGUUGUUGAGUCCGUUUUGCCAUUCUCAGGGCAGUCGAGCACGGGGAAUGUUGUGCUAAUUCGAGGCAUGGGAAUGCAGACUAUGUCUGUUCCCCUCCACCAUAUUGAACUAAGUUCUGAUCUGGUGAAGGGGAAUGUUGUUGUCGGCGUGUGCCCUGCGUUGCCUGUACUGGGAGUGCAUAUCAUUUUGGGCAACAAAUUGGCAGGAGAUCGUGUCUGGCCAAGUGGGCCAGCACUACCAAUAGUGACCAUCGAGCCGUCUCAAAGUUCACAAGGCCGCGGUAUAUCGUGCAGUUCAAAGCGAGAAACGACGCCACCAAAGUCGGAUCAGAGCGAAGGAGAAGAUGCUCUUGACAGCAGACAUUCUACUGAGCAGAAACGGAAAGCAAGCGCUGUGCUUAGUUUCUCCGAGGACAAAGACGCUGAAGGAGCGGAGUUUAAGCUAAGGAAGUCAUCCGACAAAGCAAUCGUUUUUCAAGCCAAAAGAAAAGAAGGAUCAUCAGCGAAGAAUACCCACAGAAGCCGUCCAGUGCAACGGGCUCCCCUGCCGUCUGGUUCACCCAGGCAGGAUUCUUCGAGUCCAGCCUCCCUUCCCACACCUGAUGAAGAAGAUAAUAGUGAUGGUUCUACAUCAUCGCUCUCAAGUUUGUCCUCCUCGCCAGCCUCUAAUCACUCUGCUUACAAACCAGUUAUAAUCCCCAGUGCGAAAACCAUCAAAACGGCCAGGAGGCAACGUCAAGAAGCAAGAUCCCAGAAAGACUUAAUUUCCCUGGGUAGGGAUGGCCGGAGCUCUGCUGGCAGCACCCCUGACCGCCGCAGUAGGGACAGCGACCGCGACGACGACGAACCGGAUGAUUGCGAGCGAAGGAUUGAGUUUGCCCCGCGUGCGAAGAGCGUUCGAGAGAGGAUUGCGGAGAAACUAGGAAGCAGUGAUGAAAGUAAAUCUGACUCUGAGGAAGAGGAGCAGAUACUUUGGGAGGAGACUCAGAUUUUCAAGGGACUCAAAAGACGUCCAGGUGAACAGAGUCCUUCAGGCAGUGAAGCCAGCAACUACAGCAGCAGCAGCAGAAGCCGGAAGAGAAACCAACACAGGCAGAAGAAGGCCGGCUUCAACUACCCAGAGAGCCUGCCGCCUGUCGGAGGCCUGAAACGGAGGCUUGAGGGAAAGCUGGAGUCGCUGAAGGAGGUGCACCGAGCUCGGCAGGCGAAGCUGAGGAGGAUGGAGGGGGACGUGGAGAACGCCAGGAGCUCCAUGGAGAACCUGGAGGGCAGCGCCUCGGACAGGCAGCUCCGCUUCUACAGGGCCAUGACCCAGUACGCCAACAACCUGGUGGAGUGUCUCCAGGAGAAGGUGGUGGAGAUCAACUUGUUGGAGCUGGAGCUGCACACUCUCCUGGCAGACCAGAUGGAGUCACUGUUGGCAGACCGGAGGAAGAGUGUCAGAGAGCGGGCUGCUCACCUGCAGCAGCCCUACAAUAUUCAGAUUCGCCACAUACGGGGCGUGGACAACGUUAUGGCAGAUGCUUUGUCCCGCGCUCCGGAGUUGAUGGAGUAGGUGGUUGGUUUCAUA